CAACGCCAUUGACAUGACGUCCCGCCACACGACGAACGAUGACAUUCACUUUAUUGCGUCGGCCAAAGCGCUACUUGAAGCGUCGCCUUUGUCUCCACGCCCAGAAGCACGCCCGUGGGACAACGCUUCGACCGCGCUCGGUCUCUUGCCCGUCAGCCUCACAGCGUCUAUUGGCUCGGGUCAAAGUGUCCUUGGCUACUAUGUACAAUACGACAUGACGCUCAAGUGUCCGAUCACAUCGCGCGCCUGGACCAUCCACAAGCGCUACUCGCAGCUGCUCCAGUUCCGAUCACAAGUGGCCAAGCUUCACGCCGCGUCUCCAUCGUCCUCGCUCGUUCACGUGCUCAAGCUCCCCUUUCCCAAGAAGGCUCUCGACUCGGAGAAGCCAAGUGUCAUUGCCGAGCGCAUGCGGCGCUUCCAAAUCUUUGUCGAGCACGUCUGGAGCCUAUACGCCAGCUGCGUGGUGCCAACCAGCGGCGCGCCAGAGGAAGCCGCUGCCGUCGUCGCGUGUCUACGCGAGUUUCUGAGUGUGCCCGAGGCCGUGCUGGCCAUCUCGGUGCGCCACAUCAACGAGAUGCCCCAGGACAUGGACCCAUGCGUAGUGUGCUUGGGCGACUUCGACGUUGACGACUUGCGCUGUCCGUCGGUGGUGCUGGCGCUGUCGUGCGGCCAUGUGUUUCACCGCGAUUGUCUUCAGCAGUGGUGCGCAGUGGCAGCGACGUGCCCGACAUGCCGGUCUGAAGUGGGGUCCAUGGCAAGCCUGAAGAUGUAGCUGAGAAGUGUCGAUGUUCUACAAUCUAUGUACGACUUGUUUCCCGAGUAAGAAAAAAGUGUUUCUUUUGUUUGAGUG